AUGGCAGGUUCAAAUCGCUCCGCUUCACUGAAAGACACCCAGCGUUCUAUCCCGAUUGGAACAGUAGCUGCAACGCUUACAACUUCUGCUCUGUAUGUAUUUUCCGUAAUAUUAUUUGGAGCUCUUGCAACCAGGGAAAAACUUUUGACAGACAGGUUACUUACAGCUACUGUUGCUUGGCCUUUCCCAGCACUUAUUUAUGUGGGAAUCAUUCUUUCAACCUUAGGUGCAGCUCUUCAAAGCCUGACAGGGGCUCCACGCCUGCUUGCAGCUAUAGCGAAUGAUGACAUCCUACCUGUUCUUAAGUACUUCAAGGUGGCUGAUGGGAGUGAGCCUCACAUUGCUACUCUCUUUACCGCCUUCCUCUGUAUUGGGUGUGUUGUGAUUGGGAAUCUGGAUCUUAUCACACCCACCAUAACUAUGUUUUACCUUCUAUGUUAUGGGGGUGUCAACUUAUCCUGCUUCCUACUGGAUCUUUUAGAUGCUCCUAGCUGGCGUCCUCGAUGGAGAUUUCACCACUGGAGCCUAUCUCUUCUUGGAGCAUUACUGUGUAUAGUGAUCAUGUUCUUGAUUUCUUGGUCAUUCACUGUGGUGUCUCUAGCCCUAGCAAGCCUUAUAUACUAUUACGUGAGUAUCAAGGGAAAAGCUGGAGACUGGGGUGAUGGUUUCAAGAGUGCAUAUUUUCAACUGGCUCUUCGUAGUCUGCGAUCUCUAGGAGCAAGCCAAGUUCACCCAAAGAACUGGUAUCCUAUUCCCCUCAUAUUCUGCCGGCCAUGGGGCAAGCUGCCGGAGAAUGUACCCUGCCAUCCUAAACUUGCCGACUUCGCCAACUGCAUGAAGAAAAAAGGCAGGGGAAUGUCCAUCUUUGUAUCUAUCCUAGAUGGAGACUACCAUGAGUGUGCUGAAGAUGCCAAGACUGCGUGCAAGCAGCUUAGUACAUACAUUGACUACAAGAACUGUGAAGGUGUAGCAGAGAUUGUUGUAGCCCCCAGUAUGUCUGAUGGCUUCCGAGGCAUUAUCCAAACCAUGGGCCUCGGAAAUCUGAAGCCCAAUAUUGUAGUGAUGCGGUACCCAGAAAUAUGGCGACGUGAAAACUUAACUGAAAUCCCAACCACUUUUGUUGGAAUAAUUAAUGACUGCAUUGUCGCAAACAAAGCAGUAGUUAUUGUCAAGGGCCUUGAUGAGUGGCCUAACGAGUAUCAGAGACAAUAUGGUACCAUUGAUUUGUAUUGGAUUGUGAGAGACGGGGGCCUUAUGCUUCUCCUCUCCCAGCUUCUCCUUACUAAAGAGAGCUUCGAGAGCUGUAAGAUUCAGGUCUUCUGCAUUGCAGAGGAGGAUUCUGAUGCAGAGGAACUCAAAGCUGAUGUAAAGAAAUUUCUUUAUGAUCUUCGAAUGCAAGCUGAAGUGAUUGUGAUAUCGAUGAAGUCAUGGGAUGCCCAAGCGGAGCAGCAAGAUGAAUCAGUGGAGGCUUUCACUGGCAGCCAGCGUCGGAUUGCUAGUUAUUUAGCGGGGAUGAAGGAGAAAGCCCAGAAGGAAGGGACUCCACUGAUGGCUGAUGGGAAGCCUGUGAUUGUCAAUGAGCAGCAGGUUGAGAAGUUCCUUUACACCACAUUGAAGCUGAAUUCGACAAUAUUGAGAUACUCAAGAAUGGCAGCUGUUGUACUUGUGAGUUUACCACCGCCUCCUCUCAAUCACCCAGCUUACUUUUACAUGGAGUACAUGGAUCUGUUGGUUGAAAAUGUGCCUAGGCUUUUAAUAGUCCGCGGAUAUCGUAGAGAUGUUGUCACUCUGUUCACAUAG